AUGGAAGAAGAGAAUUCUCCCCAGUUUAAUGUUGAAAAUUUUCUGGUAGGCUAUAUUUAGCUAUUACUCUGUCCAGAAGCUAUUGAAGAGUUCACAAUUGAAGCAGAACUUGAUUUGCCUAAUCAGCGUAUAAUUAAAACUGACUCAGAAAGAACCAGAUCAAAGAUUUUGACAAAUGAAGAAAAAACGAAUCUAGAAAUCCUGCUAACGAAGUUCUGCAAAGAAGAAAAAACAUCAUAUAAGCAAGGGAUGAAUGAAAUUAUGGCGCCGUUCUUGAUUUUGCAUAGACAGGGGAUACCUUUGUAUAUGGUUUAUACUUAUUUCAAAAAAUUCGUCAAUUGAUUUCUACCUACGAUGUUUGUAGAUAAAGUAAAGCUUAUAUAGAGUUUUCGGCCUCUGCAAGGAUUUUUUGUGAUAUUUAAGCUGCUUUUAAGGUAUCAUGAGCCUUGGAUCAGCAAUUUUUUUCAGACUAAUUCAAUUUCGCCUGAGUUUUUUGCGACGUCUUGAUUUCUGACGGCUUUUGCAGGCAAGAUUUCGAAUUUCGAGAUUAUUUAUAAAGUCUGGGAGGAGAUGAUUGUUGAGAAUGAUAGGCUUUUCCCUUGCUAUGUAGGGAUAGCGUUCUUGAUUCACUUUAAAGCACAGAUAAUGGUUAACAAGGACAAUAUCAUACAGCAAAGCAUUUCCCAAAUUAUGCUAGAGAAUAACGAAGACUAUGAAAAAAUAAUUCAAAUUGCGAAAAAACUCAAAAAUAAUAUGCCGUUUUCCAUAAGGCAGAAAUUAGCGUCAAUUGAUAUUUUUAACUUGGAAACAAUUAAUAGCACCCUUGAUGUGCUGUCAAAUCAAUAUUGCCUUACUGCUACCCCUAGAGAUGUACUAGAAGUAAUUUUUCCAGAAAAAAAGACUUGCAGCUGUGCUGAAUUUCAAUGUGUUUGCAAAGAAGAAACAUAUAAAACACCUAUUCUUUUAUUAGAUUGCCGACCAAAAGCUCAGCAAAAACAUGGGAUUUUCCCGAAUUCUGCCUCAAUUGAUACAAAAAUAUAUGAGGAUGAAGAAAUUUUAAAUGAAAUCCCUGACAACUAUGUGGAACUUAGAGGAAUUUAUCAUAUUUUUUUAUUAGGAGAUAAGGAAUUCCAAGGCUCAGGCUUUGAAAUGGAGCAUGGAGCUUCAAUAUCUAAUGACCAGUGUCAGAUAAUGAUGGAAAACCUAUUAGAAAUCUUUAUAUCCAAAGGCUUCCCUCACGUAAGCAUUAUAGAGGGAGGCUUCAAAGAAUGCCAUAAUCUUUGUAUGAAAUAUAGCCUAAAGAUCGAUAACCAUAAGAAUUCUAAUUGUCCUUAUUGUAUCUAUACAAGAUCUCCAUCAAAAAUUAGAGAAAAAAUCAAAAAAAUCAAAAAAGCAGUCAGAAAUAAAGCCCACUUUUUGUCAACAGCAGUAAAAACUAUCAAGAAUUCCUUUGCCGCCAGCGGUGACGACACAAAUAAACGGCGAACAAUCGCCAUAGAGCAAAACUCACAAAAAUGAGACGAAAUUCGGUACUUUUCCUGCAAAAAUUAUGAUAAGUCUACCAAGUCUUUUUCUGAAGAAAUUUUUUCAUUCCUCGUCGCUAGAGACGAGCUUAUUUUAUUUAAAAAUUCUGAAAGGAAAUCAGAAAGAAACGUCCAAACACGCAUAAAAAUUACAGACUUAAUCAGAGUGACCUCAAAAACGAAGCAGAAAAAUAGGGUGACAUUUUUCUUCGUAAAAGACAAGCAGCCUUUGCGUUUAGUAAUUUCCAAUGAAAAUACCCCAAAUGAGUGUGUUGAAUUAAUUAUGAAGUAUAUUAGCCUUAUUGGGAAUGACGCUAGAUGUAAUAAUUAA